AUGAAAGCAGCGGCCAAGUGUUGCCUAACGCAGCAGCAGCAGCAGCAGCAGCAUCCGAAGGGCACAGAAGGGCAGCAGCAGCAGGAGGAGGAGCAGCGGCAGCAGGAGGAGCAUGAGGAGGAGGAGCACGACCACUCUGGCGGCAACAGCCCCAGCAACAGGCGCAGCAGCAGGCGGAGGGUGGUUUCAAAAGCAUUCCCUCUAGCUGAGUUCCUACUGGAAGGUCCGACGUUGGUGGUGCCCUCAUCAUCAGCCGCACCUGGCAGCUGCGGCCCUGCAGCCGAGGCACUGACGAAGGGUGCGAUUGGCGGAGCGUGCUGCGAGGCCGAGCACUGCUACCCUUGCGGUAUGCUGCCGUCGCCAAAGCGGCGGCGCAGCAUCACAAACAGCAGGCGGCCGGUCUGCGAACCCUCAGCGUGCUUGGCGGCUGUGCGACAGCCAGACGAUGGCUGGUUGGACGCCUCCGGCUCUGCGGCCAAUCCGGCGCUUGAGAGCACUGCGGCAGCUGAGCCGCCAGCCCCAGUUUGGCUGCAGGCUGAGGGGUGUGGCACCCAGAGGCAUGCAGGCGAGGAUGCACAGCAUAGGCCAGGGCAGCAGCAGCAGCAGCAACGAGGCAAUACUGAGGAUGAGAAAGAGGACCAGGAGGUGUCAGAACAGGACACCACCAAGCAGCAGGCGCAGCAGCAGGAACAGGAGCAGCAACAGCAGAAGCAGCAGGAGGAGGAGCAACAAUGUCACAUCGGCAGCGGCAGCAGCCCCUGCAGCAGGCGCAGCACCAGGCGGAGAGCGGUAUCCAAGGCCCGUCGUGUGCCUCAGUCUCUGUCGAAUUCGCCAGCAGUGGUUGCGCUUGCGCCCUCGUCCUCAACGCGCAGCUGCUGCCCUGCAGCCGGGGCACUGGCAAAAGACACUGUCCGCGGCUCGUGCUGCGAGGCUGGGCGCAGCUGGCCUUGCGAUACGCUGCCGCCGCCAAAGCGGCUUCGCAGCAUUGCGACCCGUGGUGCUGCGUUUGAGGUCGCUGGGGCAGCCAAGGCGUCAGCACCAGCUGCGGUUCAGGUCAAUGCUGAAGAGUGUUGCACCCAGAGGCAUGCAAGCAAGGAUGCGCAGCAGCAGCAAGGGCAGCAGCAGCAGCAGCAGCAGCAGCAGCAGCUACGCCUACGGCGGCAGCGGCAAAGGGGGGAUGACAAAAUGCAGCCGCAGCAGCAACAGCAGCAGCAGCAGCAGCAGCAGCAGCCGGAAGGGGUUGAGCAGGAGCUGCAGCAGCCCGAAGUUGACGAAGGGCGUGUGCCGCAGGGAAAGAAGGAGGAGGGGCAGCGACUGCGGCUGCGGCGGCGGCGACGGCACUCGGAUGCGGGCGACCAACAGCCGUCACCUGAUCAGACGCGAGAGCAGCUCGAGCGGCCGGCGCGACAGCUUCGGCCGCGACACGCGGCACAGGGCAGCUUGCAGCCGGCGGCAGCAGCAGCAAUGGCGGCGCCGGCGGCUGGCAUCGCCGUUGCGGGGACCGCAUUGGCAGCCAAGCGCAGCCCUGCGGAGCCAAAGACUUUUGAGGAGCCUGUCUUGCCAGCAUUGCGCAUCAGUCGGUCUGCGACAGCCGCCAGAGCCACCGGAGGUCCUCCCCAUGGCGCGGCCCCCACCCGUGCCGCCCCGGCCCUGCCAUCCGGCGCCGCGCCUGCUGCCGCCGUGCGGCUUGGCGCGGCGCCGACCGCGCGGCAGGACUCGCCAGAUCGGCAGCCUGCGGUGCCGCCGAGGGCUGCGCCUGUGGUCCCCAAUUUCCCGAUGAUCCUGCACCGCCGCGCCUGGUACCGGGCCAAGGUCCUGGCCCGCGAGGCGGCGGCUGACGGGGGCCCCGGCCGCGUGCGGCUGCGAUUCCAGGGGGACCUGACGCUCAACAGCGGCCGGCCGUUUUGGCUGGACGUUGCGUCGCCGCGCAUCUGGCUGGGCUCGUACGCGGGCAAGCACUGGAGGCACCUGGGCGACGGCGCCUGGGAACCCAGGGAAGGGGCUGCGCGAGUGGACGACGCGGCGCUGCGCAGGGACCAGCGUUUGCAGCGCGCGGUGCUGGGCCAGGGGCAGGGCAAGCGGCAGCGGCAGCAGGAUGCGGCAGAGCAGCAGGACCUUGAGGACUGCGGGCAGCAGCAGCAGGUGCAGCAGGUGCAGCAGGUGCAGGAGCAGCAGGAGCAGCAGCCGCAGCGGGAGCAGCAGAAGGAUCAACAUUAUCAAGAUCAGGCGCAGCUGCAACUCGAUCAGGAGCAGCAGCCAGGAAUCCAGCUGCAGGAGGGGAUUCAGCCUGGGGCAGGCGUCACGGCAGGCGAGCAGGCACAAGCAGCAGCAGAGGGCAGGGAGGAGGAGGUUGGCAAGGUCGAGCCCCCGCAGCAGCAACAGAAGCAGCAGCAGCAGCAGCAGCAGCAGCAGCAGCUGCCGCCUCAGGACGACGCACAGCCGCUGCUGGUUGGCGGUGAGGAAGCCAAGCUAAGCGGCACAGGAGCGAAAGGGGAGCGCGAUGCGAGGGAGGGCGCCGAUCCGGGGGAAGCAGUCGUAGUGGCGCCGCUGCCGCUGGCUGGUGCAGCUGCAGAGGCCGAUGGUAGCGGCAGCCCCACAGGGGCCGUCAAGGCGUCGAAGGCGACAGGCAAGCAGGCGCCAAAGCGGCCCGGCAGGGCUCAAAAGGAGGGGGUGUUCCGCGUGCCGGCCCAACCAAUGGUGCUCUUCGGCCGCGAGUGGUGA